UAACAACGACGCACCAGGGGUAAAACCGCCAACUAAAACCAACAAAAAAACAAACCCACACUAUUACUCUUCCACUAGCCAGUGUCUGUGUCAGGUCUGUGUUUAGGUGCUUUCCUCAACUCCUCCCUCCGACCAAAGAUCCGAGCUGUUUGGGAAACCCUAACCCUAAAAUCCCACAUACGAACCGCAAAGUUUCGCCUCGUCAAGCUGUCACAAUCGCUUUCAGGCUCCUAGUCUGAGUAUUUCCGGUGUUUGUAUCAAAGUCAAAUGGACUACAGCUCUGAAGAGUCAGAUAUUAGUGAAUCUGAGAUCAAUGACUACGUAGAGAAACCAUAUGAACAGCUGAGGGCUGGAAAGUACAAAGUUAAAGAUCUCAACGGCACGCUCAGAUGUCCCUUCUGUGCUGGAAAGAAGAAACAAGAUUAUAAGUACAAGGAUUUGCUUCAACAUGCUUCUGGAGUGGGUAAAGGUUCUGCUAACAGGAGUGCAAAACAAAAGGCAAACCACCUUGCCUUGGCAAAGUACUUGGAGAAUGAACUAGCAAGUGAAGUGGAUCAAACCCAAUGUCCAAUUUUACCAAUACCUGUCACUCAGCCUCCAAAGCAAGAUGAUCUUUAUGUGUGGCCUUGGAUGGGCAUCAUUGUUAACAUAGUGUGCAACCAAAGGGAUAGAGAAACUUUUCAUGGUUCUGAAUAUUGGUUGAAAAGGUUCAGUAAAUUUAAACCAUUGGAAGUUAAUAUUUUCUCUGAUGAAAAUGACCUAAAUGCACAAGCUAUAGUGAAAUUUAAUAAUGAUUGGAACGGUUUCAUGAAUGCAACUGAAUUUGAGAAAUCGUUCGAAACUGAGCAUUGUAGCAAGAAGGAUUGGAAUGAACGUAAAACACAUCUUGGCUCUAAUACAUAUGGGUGGUGUGCACGUGCUGAUGAUUAUGAUGCAGAAGGUCCAAUAGGGGAUUUCCUUCGCAAUAAAGGGCAGUUAAGAACUGUAUCUGACAUUGUCAAGGAAGCAGCUCAGACCAGAAACAAUGUUGUGGCAAAUCUAGCCAAUGAAAUCGAUAUUACGAAUGAAAAUCUCAAUGAACUACAGUACAAGUACAAUGAAAAGACCAUGUCCUUAAGUAGGAUGCUCUUGGAAAAAGACAAGCUACACUCUGUUUUUCUUGCAGAAAUAAGGAAGAUGCAGCGGCUUUCACGUGAUAAUGUUCGAAGGAUAUUUGAUGAACAUGAAAAACUAAAUCACGAAUUGGAGACUAAGAAAAAGAAACUUGAUUCCUGGAGCAAACAACUGAACAAGCGUGAAGCACUAACUGAGCGUGAGAGACAAAAGCUUGAUGAGGAUAAGCAAAAGCAUGAUGUGAGGAACAAUUCACUUCAAUUGGCAUCCAUGGAGCAGAAAAAGGCCGAUGAGAAUGUCUUAAGGCUGGUUGAAGAGCAAAAGAGGGAGAAAGAGGAGGCCAUUAGUAAGAUACUUCAGUUGGAAAAGCAGCUGGAUGCUAAACAGAAAUUGGAAAUGGAAAUUGAAGAAAUCAAAGGGAAACUACAGGUGAUGAAGCAUCUUGAAAAUGAAGAUGAUACAUCAGUUCGGAAGAAGAUGGAAGAAAUGAACGAAACAUUGCAAGAAAAAGUUGAUGAUCUAAACGACAUGGAAGAAAUGAAUAAUGUUCUUAUUGCUAAAGAGCGAUCUAGCAAUGAUGAGCUACAAGAAGCUCGCAAACAAUUCAUUGCAGGUUUGACGGAGAUGAUGCUGGGCGGUCGCACUAAUAUUGGAAUAAAGAGAAUGGGAGAAAUUGAUUCGAAGCCGUUUCAGAAUACAUGCAAGCAGCGAUUUCCCCUUGAGGAAGCAAAUGUGCAGGCCUCGACACUAUGCUCCUUGUGGCAGGAGAAUUUGAAGGAUCCAAAUUGGCAUCCUUUUAGAAUUGUUGAUAUCGAUGGUAAUACCCAGGAAAUAGUAAAUGAAGAAGAUGAGAAGCUACGAAGUCUCAAACAGGAGUGGGGGGAAGGGAUAUACAUGACUGUCAUUACAGCAUUGAAAGAGAUAAACGAGUAUAAUCCAAGUGGCCGUUACAUUGUUUCUGAGCUCUGGAACUUCAAAGAAGAAAGGAAAGCCACAUUAAAGGAGGUCAUCAGUUACAUCUUGAAGAAUAUCAACACACUUAAGCGCAAGAGACAGUGAGGCAGAGGUGAUAUGGGUGAUUUUGAGGCUUUGGCUCAUAUUCUUUGGGAGCUUCUUACAAGGCUACUACUAUUUGGAAUGACAUUAUUGAGAAAAUGAAACAUCGUUUGGUAGGAUGAAAGAGGCUUUAUCUGUCCAAGAGAGGCAAGUCGACUUUGUUAAAAAUUCUUUCUUUCUAAUUUGCCGACGUAUUACGUCUCUCUUCUCUAUUCCUGUACAUGUGGCUAAUAGGCUUGAAACACUUUUGAGGGAUAUUUAUGGGGUGGACUUGGUGAUGAGUUUAAAUUCCAUUUAGUGAAUUGGUUGGAAUUUUGUACUCCAAUAAAAUUAGGAGGAUUGGUGGUGAUAAAAAAUCUGAUUUAAUUUCACCGAGCUCUUUUGAGAAAGUGGUCAUGGCGGUAUGCUACGGAGAUGUAAGUUUUGUAGAGAUUGGUGGUGGAAACUAAGUAUGAUAGUUUGAGGGGAUGUUGGGUAAGGAGGUUGUGGGGCCCUUCGGAGUGGGGAGUGUGGAAGUAUAUAAAGAGGGGAUGGGAAGCUAUCUUUAGAUUUGUUAGAUAUGAGGUAGAAGAUGAGUCCAAGCUGAGGUUUUGGCGUGAUUUAUGGUGUGGGGAACAACCCUUGAAGAUUUCUUAUCUAGACUUAUUUAGUAUUGCAUGUAGUAAGGGUGCGUAGGUGGCGGAUUAUGUGCAAUUCCAAAAUGAAAACCUUCAAUGGAAUAGAUUCUUUACCAGACGAGUGCAUGAUUGGGAGGUGGAAGCGGUCUCUUAUUUCUUUGAGUUGUAUUUUCACAUAGUAAGGCAAGGAAGAGAUGAUAGAAUUUGUUGGAUCCCUUCCAAAAUGAGAAAGUUUGAAGUGAAGUCCUAUUAUCAUGUGUUAUCCAUUCCUGCUCCAAAUGGCAAUGGACUCGCCGAUCAAUCAGUAAUGAAACAGAGGGAUUCGAACCCUCGAUAGUUCAUUUCUUCUUCUUUUUUUCUUUUAUUGUUAUUUAUUAUUAUUAUUAUUAUUAACUAUGCUGGUUUUCAAGACCAGAGCUAUCGACCACUUGGCCACCUCUCCUAGGAAGAGUAUUUGAAAGAGUAAAGGCUCCUUCGAGUGACGUUCUUAGUGUGGAUGGCGUAUUUGUAUCCAAACCAUUCUCCUCAGCCGCUUGAAUGGAAUAUUUGAUGCAUUGUACUUUGAAAUUAGAGGUUAAAUACUCAAUUAUACCUUAAUUCCGACAGAUUGUAGUUGAUUCAUGAAUCAUUUAGUUGAGGAAAGCCCUAAAUUCGGAUUUUGAUAGGGUCUGUGUUCAUAGUAUUUCAUUAAGUUUUACCUCAGCGUCAAUCUACACAAAUCACCAAGCAGACAGACUUGAUAUUUGGGGUAAAAUGAUGAGUCAUUUCUACUAUCUGUAACACCUACAAUUACUUUCUAACAUCAUAUUUGAAAAGCUCGUAUGUUCCAUACAUCAAGCAUCUAAUUUGAUGGUUAUGAAGUUU